UCGGACUUCAUAUCAAUGAUGGAUGAGCCCAAAAAUGAAGUAAUGUUGGACGAGAAGCUGCGCCGCUUGCCCAUGGGCAUUCUCGCCGGCCGCGAGGGAAAAUUGAAAAUACUUAUAACCAAUGUGUUCAGCCCACUUCAUUUUUGGUUCCAAUUCGUUGAAAGCAACAACAAAUACCUUCUGGAGGAACUGCACAGCAAGAUGAGUGAGUUCUAUGCCUGGCACCUGGCCCCAAUAAUUCCUGGGACCCUACUGCCUGGAUCCAUUUGUGCCGCCGCCUCAAAGUGGGUCGGCUGGCGGCGGGUGCGCAUUCUUUCUGAGCCGCCGGACAAUGCAACGCACGUUUCCGUCUUCUACUUGGACUAUGGCUGUCAGGAGAGUAUCGCAUGCAAAGAUCUAAGAUUCUUGCCAAAAAUGUUCACCGAUAUACCGGCCAUGGCCGUUCGGGGCGCACUUUCGCGUGUCCAUCCGCUGGAGUACAUGUGGCCGGGCGAGGCAACGAUGAUGUUCCGUCAGAAAGUGAUGUUCGGUGCGUCGUAUGCCCAAUUAAUUGCAGAGGAUCGGCAGGAGGCCAUUUACUAUGUGGAAAUUUACCCAACCAAGAAGACUGGAGCUCUGUCAGUGAACAGUCUUUUGAUUCAGAACAAGCUGGCGGGUAAUGGAGCAGAGCUACAGUUUGCAAACCACUGUGACCUCCGCCUUUGCUACGUUCAGGAGCGUCUGCCCUCCUUUGAAAUGCUCGAGACUGGUGCGUUUCCCAUGGAUGCGGAUCGGGAGUUUCAGAAAUAUUUUAGAGGAAUCGUCUGCACAGCAUCAUUCGUCAUGGAAUUUAAGGUUCCCCAUACCACGAACCCCUUUCUGCAGGACCUGACACAGGCGCUGCUUGACUGGAUGAUUGGCUUUAAGAAGAAGCAAAUUGAGCAGAGCCGAUGGGGGGUAAUGAAGUGGGAGAACGAGCUGGAAAACGAGCUGGAAAACGAGCUGGAAAACGAGCUGGAGAGAGACAUGAUAGAGUGGGGCAACGAUCAAGAGGAGCUGCAGAUGGUCAAGAAGAAAGAGGAACCAGAGCAGCAGGAAAAGGAGUACGGGAAGAUUUUUAAGGAGAUGUAUAAGGAAAUGUAUAAUGAGUUGUCUAAGGUGCACAAGUAGCCGGAGUAGGACAAAGAGACAACUUUGGAUUCGACUCAGACACAAAUCCACGGUAAUCUACGAGUCGGCUCGUGGCAUUCCGUCAUA